CAUUGGAUUCGUUUGGAGAUUUUCCCAGAUGUUCUUGUUCAUAGAUUAAAAAUGAUAGUAGAUCCUGCAGACAGCAGCUACAUGCCAUCCCUGGUCGUGGUGUCAGGUGGAAGUUCCUUAUAACCUAAUUGAACUAAAGACUAUUAAUAUCAACCAAACUGACACCACCAUGCCCCUGCUGAAUGACUGUGCCGAGUAUCACAGGUACAUUGAGAUCACAAUAAAGCAGUGCAGGAGCUCAGGGAUCGAUUGCAAAAUUCACGGUCUCAUCCUGCUGGGACGCAUCCGGGCUGAGGAGGAGGAUUUGGCAGCGGUUCCUUUUCUGGCUUCAGAUAACGAGGAGGAGGAGGAUGACAAAGGCAGCACUGGGAGUCUCAUUAGAAAGAAGACUGCCAGGUUGGAGUCAGCUGCUACAAUAAGAACCAAAGUGUUUGUGUGGGGCCUGAAUGACAAGGACCAGCUGGGUGGGCUCAAAGGCUCUAAGAUCAAGGUUCCUUCAUUCUCUGAGACUCUGUCUGCUCUGAAUGUGGUUCAGGUGGCUGGUGGAUCUAAGAGUUUGUUUGCAGUGACUGUGGAAGGGAAGGUGUACUCCUGUGGAGAAGCCACAAACGGCCGGCUGGGGCUGGCUAUGUCCAGCGGGACGGUCCCUAUUCCUCGGCAGAUCACAGCCCUCAGCAGCUACGUGGUCAAAAAGGUAGCGGUCCACUCAGGUGGCCGGCACGCUACAGCCUUACAGUGGAUGGGAAAGUGUUCUCGUGGGGCGAAGGUGAUGAUGGGAAACUUGGAUACUUCAGUAGAAUCCCCACGAGCUGGCUUACCAGGAAAGAUCUUAACCUGCGUCUAUCUGGAGUGGGAGAAUCAUGGCGACUCCUUACUCGGCUUCUUUCUCCCAGCAUUCUCUUCUGUUUACUCCACCCACCUAAGGAACUGUGACAAGCCAAGGCGGAUCAAGGCCCUGAAAACCAAGCGCAUCAGGGACAUAGCCUGGGGCAGUUCUCACAGUGCAGCCCUGACGUCCAUCGGGGAGCUGUACACCUGGGGCCUGGGCGAGUAUGGCCGCUUGGGACACGGUGAUAAUACCACACAGCUGAAGCCCCAAAUGGUGAAAGUCUUUCUUGGUCACAGAGUAAUCCAGGUUGCGUGUGGAAGCCGAGAUGCACAGACACUUGCUCUUACUGAUGAAGGUUUGGUGUUUUCAUGGGGUGAUGGUGAUUUUGGAAAAUUGGGCCGAGGGGGAAGUGAAGGCUGUAACAUACUCCAGAACAUCGAGAGACUAAAUGGCCAGGGUGUGUGCCAGAUUGAGUGCGGAGCUCAGUUUUCCUUGGCACUCACCAAGUUAGGAGUGGUGUGGACAUGGGGGAAAGGGGACUACUCCAGACUGGGCCACGGCUCAGAUGUGCACGUGCGGAAGCCGCAAGUGGUGGAGGGACUGAGAGGGAAGAAGAUCGUGCAUGUGGCGGUCGGAGCCCUGCACUGCCUGGCGGUCACAGACUCGGGACAGGUGUGUGCUUGGGGGGACAAUGACCAUGGCCAACAGGGCAAUGGCACAACCACAGUUAACAGAAAGCCCACCCUGGUGCAGGGCCUGGAGGGCCAGAAGAUCACUCGAGUGGCUUGUGGGUCCUCACAUAGUGUAGCCUGGACGACAGUGGACGUAGCCACGCCCUCUGUCCACGAACCUGUCCUCUUCCAGACGGCAAGAGACCCGCUGGGUGCUUCCUACUUAGGUGUGCCUUCAGAUGCUGAUUCUUCUUCUGCCAGCAAUAAGAUAAAUGGUGCAAAUAACUGUAAGCCCAAUCGCCCUUCUCUUGCCAAGAUCCUCCUGUCGCUGGAAGGAAACCUGGCUAAGCAGCAGGCCUUAUCACACAUUCUUACCGCACUGCAGAUCAUGUAUGCCAGAGAUGCGGUGGUUGGAGCCCUGUUGCCAGCCGGCAUGCUCGCCCCAGUGGAAUGCCCCUCCUUCUCCUCCUCAGCACCUGCUUCUGAUGCAUCGGCAAUGGCCAGCCCCAUGAACAUAGAGGAAGGCAUGCUGGCUGCUGAUCUUGAGGACAGACUGAGUCCAAAUCUAUGGCAAGAAAAGAGAGGGAUUGUCUCCUCUGAGGAUGCUGUGACCCCCUCUGCGGUGACACCAUCUGCUCCCUCGGCCUCAUCUCGGCCAUUUAUCCCAGUGACAGAUGACCCAGGAGCUGCCAGCAUCAUUGCAGAAACCAUGACCAAAACCAAAGAGGAUGUUGAAAGCCAAAGUAAAACAUCAGGUCCAGAGCCCCAGUCUUUGGAUGAGUUCACCAGUCUGCUGAUCGCUGAUGACACCCGGGUGGUCGUGGACCUGCUCAAGCUGUCAGUCUGCAGCAGGGCUGGAGACAGCGGCAGGGACGUGCUCUCGGCUGUGCUGUCGGGCAUGGACACCGCCUACCCACAGAUGGCAGACAUGUUGUUGGAGCUCUGUGUAACUGAGUUAGAAGAUGUGGCUACAGAUUCACAGAGUGGCCGUCUUUCCUCCCAGCCUGUAGUGGUAGAGAGUAGCCAUCCCUAUACAGAUGACACUUCCACCAAUGGCACGGUGAAGAUACCAGUUUGCUAUCUAGGGAAACUGUCUAUGAGAAAGGCAGGAUACAGUGUGGAGCUGCACGUGGAUGAUGUGAGCGACAUCAGCACGAAGGGCGGGGACGUCAACUUUGUGUUCACUGGCUUCUCUGUGAAUGGAAAGGUUUGGCUCCAGGCUCUGUCUGCUCUUCUCUACAUUGCUCUGUUGUGUGCCACCUCCUGUCACCCUUACAGAAGUGGGGCUCUUGCGCUUCUAGGUCACCCACAGUGAGCUCCAGGGGUCUGUGCUUUGUGGUAACCUGGGGUCUGCUUGAUUGUGGGGCAUGGCCUGUGGUGGGGUGCAGAAAGGGAAGGGCACAUGCCCAGGACCGGAGUCGUUGCGCUUGCUGUGUGAGAGCGAGGUGCACUUCCUCCGGGGAAGCUCCUUCCACCCCUUCUCUCGGAGCUGCUCUGGGGAGCUGCUGGCGCCCUGGGCAGUGAGUGCUGCUUCGUGUGUGUGUGUGUUUGUGUGUGUGUGUGUGUCUGCCUGCUCCCAGCUCCAUUCUCAGUGGAGCCCUCGUUCUUCCUCCCGCCGACCCCCAAGUAGAGAUGAGUGCUCUGCUGGCGAGGGUCCAGUGUGUAGACCUAGAAGUGCUCUUUUGUGCUGGAAGUGAGGCCCUCAAAUGUCUCCUGUGGGUUUCUUACUGCAAGAGGGGAUCUUGGGUAUUUUUCUUUCUUAGAGAUUUGUAAAAUAAUGAUACAUUUUUAAAAAGAUUUUUAAUUAUGUGUGGAUAUGUAUAUUUGAAUGUGGGUGUCCUUGGAGGCCAGAGGCAUUGGAUCACCCUAGAUCUGGAGUUAAAACAGUUCCAAACUGCCUGAUGUGGGUGCUGGGAACUUAACUCCAGGCCCCUGCAAGAGCAGUGCUCACUGUUAAGCAACCACUGAGCAGCCUGCAGCCCCACAGUGGUACACAUGCUGUCUUACAUUCAGUGAUGCAGCAUUUUACUGUCCUUGUCCCCUCUUCACCAGUCCUGACUACAUCCUCCUCAGAGAGGCCCUUGACACAAAGAAAAAUGUUUUAGGUGCCACUUUGUGCGCAGGAGCAUGAAACAGGGGCCUUGACUCCUUGGCUGGCUGAGCUGCCCAUUGGGUCCUGAUGUCCUCCUU